CAAACUCAUACAUUGAAAUCAGUGUGGCCGAUGACAGUCUCUAUUUUCGGAGUAAAUAACAUCGAAUGAUUUUCACUUGCAUUGUAUUUGUGCUAUUCCAGAAGAAAAAUUGUUGAAAUCUUGUAAAUCGUUUGAAUAAAAAUAAAAACAAAACAAUGACUGAAGUGGCUGAAAAGGAGAAUAUUUUCUUAUUCAUUCCAAAUUUGAUUGGCUAUGCCCGAAUCUUCUUGGCAAUCGUCUCAUUCUAUUUCAUGCAAACGAAUUAUAUCGUUGCCGGAUGGUGCUAUAUAAUCAGCGCACUGUUGGAUGCUAUCGAUGGGCACGCAGCGCGUGCAUUUAAUCAAAGCACCAAAUUUGGUAGCAUGUUGGAUCAGUUGACAGAUCGUUGUGGAACAAUGGGCUUGUUGGUCACCUUGAGCUACUUUUAUCCGCGCUACAUGUUCUGGUUCCAAAUCUCAAUGGUCAUUGACAUUGCAUGCCACUGGAUCUAUUUGCAGGCUUCGACUAUGCAAGGGAAAACAUCACACAAAUUCUUUGAUCCAAAUGAGAAUUUCAUCAUGCGUCUCUACUAUCAGAAAGAUGUGCUCACAUUCAUGUGCUUCUGCAACGAAAUGUUCUACAGUGGAUUGUACUUACUUCAUUUCACCACUGGACCCACAUUGCUCGGCAUUUCCAUCUUCAAAGUUCUCACAGUGAUUGCAUUCCCAGUCGCUGUAGCCAAGAGUGGAAUCUCAUUGUUACACGCCUAUGUGGCUGCUCAGAAUAUUUCAAUCAUCGACCAGAAUGAGCGUGAAGAGGCUCGCAAACGUAAUUUGGCUAAAAAACCAGAAUAAGCCAGCCGUCAUGUGUGUCAUCCAAUCAAUUAAUUUAGAAAACUAAAACACUAACACAUGUCAUAAUAUGAUAUAUAUGAUUUGAGAACCCUCUUUCAUUGAUGUUGUACGUUCUUUUGAACCAAAUUUAUUUAUAAUCAUUGUUUUGUUACGUUGUCAAUGCAGUUAAAGAAGAAUAUUCUCAACACUCUCAAGCCGAACCAAAAAGUCGGCUAAACUGAGGCAUGAAUCUAAAGAAUUUCAGAAAGCUAAUUACCAGAAAUGGUCAUUAUUAGUCAUUCCAGUAAUUCAGUUACUUAAGAUAAGUUGCUAAGUAAGACCAAAUGAUUGGAAUCUAAUUUGAACCCAAGAAAAAUUGACAAUUGUUGUGAAAAUAAGAUUACGUAUAUAAUCUAAACUCGAUGAAUUGCAGUUCAUAGAAAAUGAAUGACAUCAAAAUGUUCACUCAAAAUCAAAUUAGCGAUGUCCAAGUAAACCAUCAAACAACUUUGAUCCAAUUGAUUCCGUGAUGGAGUAUUAUUUUGAGUGAUUUAGUUUUGGAAAUAUUUAUAUUCAAUGCCAAAAAAAAAUCUUGUGUGUAAUCCGUCAGAAGAAAUUAACUGAAAUGUAUAUUUAUAAUAAUACUUUAAUGGCAUUUACACGCCCUAUUCUUAGUUUGGAAUUGUAAAAGUAAUAGAAGAUGCAAAAAUAAAUGUUGGAAAAUGUA